AUGUCUACUUCAACUGCCCUGAACGGAGAGAAACGAAGUACAUCGGCUCUGGAAAGUCCAUCGACUAUGAAACAAGGCAAUCCGCCAACUGAAUCGUACGGUCCACCAAAACGUAAUAAGGAUUCUUCGCGGAGAGAAAAAGGCAUUGAAUCUGAGCUGGAGAGCUCACCAAAGUCCUACACAGUUAAGGAGAAAGAAAAUGGGAGAAGCCAUAUUCCGGAAGGGGGAAGUGGUCCUAAGAAGAAAUUUCGACAAAAGAGCAGUGGUGAUUUAGAACAGCACAAAAGUUUUGAGUCAAAAGCUAACACAACUUCUUUCCGUAAGGAAGAUGCAACUGCGAGUUGUAUCAACGGUCGACAGCUAGAAACAAAUAGCUUAAAUGUGAUGGCAGGAAAACAAAAUGCGUCAACUCAAAAAAGUCGCAAAAUUACAGUUUUCAAACCGCAUUUGAGCGAAACUGAAGUCCAGCUAGGCUUAAAGAGUGGCGCUCUUUUAAAGGGUGUAAUACGAAUAAAUCAGCGAAAAUAUGAGGAAGCAUUCAUAAAUAAUCCCGACGGGACAGAUCAUGCUGACAUCGCUAUUUUGGGAAUGCCUGAUAGAAACCGGGCUUUACACGGCGAUGUUGUAGCCGUUCGUUUAAAACCUCGAGCAUCUUGGGUUGUGAAUGAGGAGCAGUACAAAGCCUGGAAGAGAGAAUCUUGCUUAGAAAAAACGGGCUAUCUCAGCACCGAGGAGACGACGACUGUGUCCAUACUGCUGGAUGACGUGAUUUCCGCGGUCAUACGACUGGAGUCACCGGUCGCUCCUGCAACAAGUCGAAGCUGCCGGUCCAGAGCGGAUGUAGAGGAUCCAGAGCUUGAUUCCUCGGAAGAAGAAAGAAAAUGUACUGAAAAGCAGGCUGAUAUGAAGAUGAAAACAGUGACUGGUUUCGCGGGCGCAGAACAGUAUCCUGUGCAGAAUGAGAAUGCACAAAAUAGUGAAGCAGUAGCAGAUGCUGGGAAAUCUUCACCUUCAAAUGGUGGUAAAGGAAAAACAGCGAAAAGAGGAUCUCCCUACCGGGUUUUGUCUCAAUUACCACUAGAGGACUGGAUGCUGCCGGACUCGUGCUUGCAGAAAACUGCUGAAGUGGUUGGAAUUGUCGAAAAGAAGAACUCUCGCUUAGCAACGGGUAAGUUAGAACCUGCAUCAUCCACUCAACGUCAGUGGGCAAAGUUCUCUCCUACUGACUCGCGCAUUCCAAGAAUGAUGAUUGAUGCGUCUCAAUUACCUAAGGAUUUCUUCGACCGCCCUCAGGAUUUCGCUAAAUUUUUGUUUGUUGCGAAAAUAGCACAGUGGCCAGAUGACUCCUUCAUGUCCUGUGGGAUACUGGAAAAGCAGUUGGGAUUGGCUGGUGAAAUUGACGUGGAGACUGAAGGGUUACUAAUAACAAACGAGAUAGAUACUAGGGAGUUUUCUGACGAAGUUUUGGCGUGUUUGCCCUCAGCAUCCUCUGCGAGCGGAUGGCAGAUAGACGAGGAAGAACUUGCGAAACGCAGAGAUUUACGGGGCGAAAUCAUCUUCACAAUUGAUCCGAAAACCGCUCGUGAUCUUGACGAUGCGCUUUCAAUAAAUCCGUGUGAUGACGUAGACGGGGCUGGUAUGCCUGGUUGGGAAAUUGGUGUACACAUAGCUGACGUCAGUUAUUUUGUAUACGAGAAUACAGCUCUUGAUGAGUGGGCUUCACAGCGUGCUAACAGUGUUUACCUAGUCCAUGAGGUAAUCCCCAUGUUGCCUCGUGCCCUUUGUGAGGAGUUGUGCAGUCUUAAUGCGGGUGUUGAUCGAUUAACAUUCUCUGUUAUUUUCAAAAUGGACGACAAAGGAAAUGUGUACGAUGAAUGGUUUGGAAGAUCCGUAAUACGGUCUCGUGUUAAGCUCACAUAUGAGCAUGCUCAGGACUUCAUAGAAAAUCCCGAAAAGGUGUUUUCUGAUUCUGAAAUGCCCGAUAUUUCGGACGGCACAACUGUGUGUGAGAUCAAACAGAAGGUUCUACAAUUGCAUAAGAUAGCAAAGGCACUGCGGGAGAAGCGCAGUCAAAAUGGAUCGUUGCAGUUGGAUCAACCAAAAUUGAAGUUUGCCCUAGAUGACGAAACUAAGAUGCCCAUAGGUGUGUCGAUUUAUCAGGCAAAGGAUUCCAAUAGGCUUGUCGAAGAAUUCAUGCUUCUUGCUAACAUGGCGGUAGCACGGAAAAUUGAACGCCACUAUAGAAAAACUGCGCUGCUUCGGUUGCACCCUCCACCAAAAGCGAAGAUUCUUCGAGAAGCUAUCAAUUUAUGCAAUAGCAUUGGUUUCCCCAUCAAUGGCACAUCUUCACAACAGCUUUCGAGAUCUUUGGCAACUUUUCGGGGCAAUAUGCAACUGCUGAGAUCAAUCAAUCAAGUCCUUUCAAUGAUAUUGAUGAAAGCCAUGGAACUAGCGAGAUAUUUUUGCACUGGUUCUGUUGCUAGUCAGGAUUCUUAUCAUCACUUCGCGCUAAACGUGCCAUUUUACACACAUUUCACAUCACCGAUACGUCGUUAUCCGGACAUAAUUGUCCAUCGUCUGUUGGCCGCGUCGCUGAACUACUGCGAACCUUCAGGUCGUAGUGUGGAGGAAAUUCAGAAAAUUGCUGAACACUGUAAUGACAAAAAGUUAACGGCAAAAAAAGUGAGCGAAGCAAGCGCAGAGACAUUUUUUGGUCUUCUCGUUCAGAGGGUUGGGCCAAUGGAAGCAAAAGGUGUGGUUGUGAACGUACUUGAUGCUGCAUUCGAUGUCUUGCUCUUCAAAUACGGUGUGAUCAAACGUGUGUACAUUAACGCGUUGGAAAUGAGUCAAGAGCCGUUGUUUCAAGAGUACCCUAAUCGACUUACUCUGUACUGGAAUAGUGAAAGCGGUAAAGUUGUACAAGUAAUACAGAUGUGCACGGUCGUUGACGUCGUACUCUCCGGCCUCCCAGAACCCACAAAGUUCCAAGCUGUGAUAAAGCCUAGAUCGAGAGAGGACUCUCCAACACUUAUCGAAAUGUGGCGAGAGCGUCAAGAACCUGACGAUGGGCUUAGCGAAUCCAAAUUCGAUAAUCUUCUUCUCGAUUAA